AUGCCGGGUCCCUUAUGGAAGCACGCUGUGAAGGAUCUAGACGACAAAUUGAACAGAUGCGGGGUCCAAGCGGAGAAUGUGCGAACCAUGAAUGAGGAGCCGCCCACCUUUCGAAAGGAAAUAUUCAAUAAUGGGAACACACUUGUGGAGGUGGCUAUCAAGACCCAUAAGCCCAAAAGUCAAGUGCCCACCAAGACCCGACGAAUUGUGACCACUCGCCACCACAAACCAGGGAAGGCCAGCAAGGCCGUGUCCCAUGGGACGCAUGGGCCUCCCCAGAGAAACCAAUGGCGAGAAUUACUUGCCGAGUCGAAUUUAGACUCGCAAGAGACUUCCAAGGCCAGUUCCAUUGAACCUGGGAAGAAAUCCAAAGACAAAGCCGAAAGUGGCAAAUCCUUGAGACCAAAGAAACGCAGCCAAGAGUCAAACAGACAUCCUCGGGAUGAAGUGGAUGCGGUGCAUGGGCGUUUUCAAAACCGGACUCUGCGCGUGUUUUUGAAAGAGAUGCGAUCCGCUCUCAAUUCUGAUCGAGAUCCUGAAAAAGCAAGCAAGAUUUUAGACGAUCUGGAAUACGUGGCCCUCAAUUUGAAGCAAGAUACAUUGGAUGCAUCUGCUGAAAGGUCGAAACUGAAGAAUAUGAGUAAUUCCUCGAGAGCUAAAGCAAGCUCCAGCCAAAACCACGAGAUCAGUUUGGAACUUCGAGCCAAGAACGAACAGAUUCAAGAGCUCAAGGCCAUGAUCACCCGACUCACCGCCAACAAUAACGACAUGUUGGCCUUACUCACGCAGAAAGUGGGCCUUGAAGAUUCGCUCAAAGUGGCUAAAUCGGCCAACCAAGAAUUGCUCAAGAAGCUCACUGACGAAACGAAGAAAACCAUUAACUUGAGCACGAAGCUAUCAAGUGCCGAACAGGAAAUACAAAGACUCAGGAUCGUGGUCAAAGACAUGAAGAGUUCCCUUCAUUCCGAUCUCCAAGAGGCCUUGAGACCGUUGGAAUCCAGAUCUUCCAAACCUCCGGGAUCCAACAACGAGACCGUUGAGCUCAUGCUGUCGGAACUAGAGGAUCAAUCCGAAAAGGAAUCCAAAGAAGACGAUCAAGCGGACUCGGCCAUUCACUCGGAAUCCAUCCUUUGUCCAAUCAUGAAUUGGAACCAUCUCAAAAGAUCAUCCAGGAAGCGAAAGAGAUGAUCGAAAACAAGCGAGUUUUUACACCGUGGUCUUGGACUUAUCCGAGACUAGAGCUGAUUUGACCGUUGAGACCACCUCUUUGGAGGAGCACGUGCCACGCAAAGAAAAAAAACCGUCCAAAAAAAAUGUCAUUGAUCCCAGUGGAUUGCAGAGCCGGCAGAUGCCAAUGUGAGGCCUUCUUGGAUCGGAUGAGAAAUCAGGAUAGUUUGAAUCUCACCUUACCCAAAGUGCCCAAUGCCAAAACCUUUGACGAGACCACAACCACUCUUCACUUCAGUGGAGUGAGUGACAUUGACACGACCAGGAGCCUCUCUGAAAGCAAAUUUAGAAAAGGCUUGGAACAACACCGAUUUGGUUACUUCCGACCGGAGUGAAGUCUAAAUAAUGUAUAUACGGGAAAUUGACUAAGUAUUAUUCCAUAUAUUUAAAUACUUUUGACAACGAAUGAGAAAUUAAAAGAAUAGAGGUAAAGGAAAACAUUUUUUUUUUACG